AUGGCUCAAGCAUUAACUUUGAUAUGCUGCACCUUGCUGGGACUUUCAGCUGCGAGUUACUUAUCACAUAGUGGCUACGAGCAUGGCCAACAUGGUGAUAAUGGAGUGGGCUACAGCAUACAGACACACCAUGAGGCACCUAAGAAGUGGCACAGUCACGAGCAUGAUCAUCACUGGGCUCAACCACAAGCAAAUUACUUUGUGGCAGCAGCAGCACCUCAGCACUGGGCGCCACAGCAUAACCAUCAUGCUGCAGCUGAGCCCAAUCAUCAUCCCAAAUAUCAGUUCGAUUAUGGCGUCAAGGAUACCAAAACUGGCGACAUUAAGCAGCAGUGGGAGACACGUGAUGGCGACAAGGUCAAGGGUGGCUACACAAUGAAAGAGGCCGACGGACGCACUCGCAUUGUGGAAUACACAGCCGAUCACCACAAUGGCUUCCAGGCAGUCGUCAAGCACAUUGGACAUGCUCACCAAGCGGAUCACGGCUACUACGGACAUGGACAUGGACAUGGGCACGGACAUGGACAUGCCACAAGCUAUGUGGACGUCAAGCAGGAUACGGACAGCAAAUGGUGGUGA